AUGAAAGCAUCCAAGACGCGAAUCACUGAUGUUUUUCGCGUUUUUUGGAAUGCUUCUUCAUGGUUUUCGACAUUGAUUUUGGGUACUAUAUUGAUAUUUGCUCUUGGUGAGCUAAUUGUUGGCAACUAUUCCGGUUUGUAUCCUUCAAAAUUAAUGAAAUAUAUUACAAAAAAGGACACUAAGCAAUUCGGUCAUGAUUUAUACAUUUACGCAUUCUUCCUUGUAGGUUCUGUUUUGAUUCUUGGCAUCAAACUUUGGCUCUGCGAUAGAUUAUCAAUAAGAUUUAGGGAUAAACUCGUUCAACAGAUACACAAAGAUUACAUGACAGGAAACAGCUUCUAUGAUUUACUGAUGUACGACACUCACAUCGACAAUCCUGAUGGUCGCAUUACACAAGACAUAGAAAACUACGGCGAAACAUCGAUCAAAGUUAUUGUUGCUGCUGCUCAAUCUCCGCUUAUAAUAGCAUACUACUCUUACUCAACAUUUAAAGAUAUGGGUUUAAAUUCAUUAUUAAUUACACUCUUAUUUACAACAGUUUCAUUUUUCGCAACUCGAUUUGCAAUGUCUCCGAUUGUGCGCUUAACUUACAAGUUUGAAGCUGCCAAUGCAGACUUCAGAACUGCUCAUGUGAAUCUCAAAGAAAAUGCAGAGACAAUCGCACUUUCUAGAGGUCAAUCCGCCGAAGAAAAGUUGUUAUCAGAUCGUCUAGCAUCAGUUCUCUCUGUUCAGAAGCAACUUUCUAACACAUCUAUUAUAUUAAAUAUUGUUGUUAACAUUUGUCAGUAUUUUGGCAAUGCAUUGGUUUAUUUAUGCAUCUACAUAUGUGCACCAGCAACAGAAGAUCCUUCUAUCCUUGCAGAAUUCACGGGAAGAGUAAGUUUCGAAGUAAUUAUGUUAAUUUCAGGAAUUACUUCAUUAAUGAACGUAAUCAAUGACUUUUCCAAGCUUUCUGGAUACUCAACACGUAUACAAGAGCUGUUAUCUAUACUAAGAGAACAAGCAGAACACGUGAAUAUCAACAAAUUUGGAAAUUCUUUUGUUCUUGAAAAUGCAACAGUGAUGAGACCUUCUGGAGACAGUUUGAUCAAUGAUCUGAACUUGACUGUUAGACCUGGAGAGUCGUUGUUCAUUGUCGGUCCUUCAGGUGCUGGAAAAUCAUCUCUUUUCAGAGUUUUAGGAGGAAUUUGGCCUAUUAAAUCAGGGAAAGUUACAAUUCCUGAAGAAAAGACAAUGAUUUUGACACAAAGACCAUAUGUUCCAAGGAAUGCGACACUUGAAGAAGCAAUUGCAUUUCCGAAAGAACUAAAUGAAGUUGAUUUGUUUGAGAUACAAAACACUUUGAGACUUCUGAAAAUUGAACAUUUGAAAUUAAGAGAUGACGAAGAUUGGUGGGUCGGAUUGUCUCCAGGAGAGCAGCAGAGAGUUGCAAUUGCAAGAAUACUUGUUCACAGACCAACAUUUGCGCUACUUGAUGAAGCAACUUCUGCAAUUCCUUCUAAACUUGAAGAAGAAAUUUUCAAAGUUUUGGCUCAGAAAGAUAUCACUUGUAUAACUAUUGCUCACAACAAAGAGCUUAGGAAAUGGCAUAAGAAUGUAUUAGAGUUAACAGGUAAUGGACGAUAUUCUAUUUAUUAA